AUGAACCAGCUGGUCGACGACGUCUGGAAAGUGUACCGGGUCGCCCGCCACUGUGCCCACCACCGCCCGCGGAUCGAGAACAUCGCCCGGCGCUUGAUGUACCUCAAACAAAAGGACUACACCCCCGUGGCGGUGGCGCCGCUCCCCGCGGUCGCCGCCACAGUGGACCCCCCUGGUUGCGAGCGCCGCGGCGCCUCUUGGGAAUAUAACGGGGGCGACCACCACCCCGACACCGACCUCCAGCAGAUGGGCGAAGUGUGCUUGCCUCAGUUCUCCUUCUACGACCACCCACUGACGCUGACGACCCCGCUGGCCGACGACGACCGCUACCACAUGCCGACCACCUUCCCGCCGCCCCGCGCCCCCCAAAUGGCGUACCCUAACCCGUUCGCCCCGCCGACGCCGCCGGCGCCUAUCCACCCCCAGACCCAGCCGCCCCAGGUGCCCCACCGCUAUGGCGUCUACGACCACUUCAACAACGGCGCCAUGUUUGGCAACAACGGCACCGUCAACCCGACGGCGCUGGCGCACGCGCUACUAGCGCACCCCGACCCCCAGUUUGAGUUUGGCGACGUCGACCUGAGCUUCACCACGCCGCUACCGCUGUACGUGUCGCUCACCGAGUUGGGGGCGAUGCUGGAGGCGGCGCCGGCGAAGGACAAGCCGCGGCUGCUGGCGAAGAAGCUCAAGCCGCCGACGGAGUGUCUGAACUGCGGCACCACUAAGACGCCGUUGUGGCGGCGCAGCCCCCAGGGCGAGCCGCUAUGUAACGCGUGCGGCCUCUUCCUCAAGCUCCACGGCGUCGUGCGCCCGCUCUCGCUCAAGACCGACGUCAUCAAGAAGCGCCAGCGGCGCAAGGACCUGGUGCUGAAGCUGAAGAGCGCGUCGAACUUGAAGGACUUGGAGUGGCUAAUUUGA